GUUGUAUCAUUGGCAACCAAUAGUGACCUUCUGUACAAUCAUUUACCAAUGAAAUUAGAUUUUUCUCAGUAUUUCGGCCUAAUAUUGUUGGAAAACUAUCUUCUAUUGGUUCAGUAUUCGAUUCGCAAAUUGGCAUAUGAAAUUUUGUAAAGUAGAGAAUGUGAGCGCCUAUUUUGUUUUACAUUUCUGGUGAACAUUUUCAAAAAUUAAAUUGCAUUAUUUUAUCACACUUCCGAAAUUAAAUCUAUCAUUCUUUCAUAUUUUAAUGUGGACGUCUCUUCAUUAUGGUUGUGUUAUUCGCAUUGUGUGAAGAAGAGAAAUGUGUGCUACAGGUGUUUCCGUUUCUUGCAAUGGGAAGAUGAUAGUCAUCGACCAGUUAAAAGUAAAGAUAAUGCAUUAAAAGUGUGUGGAUCGAGAUGGACAGCCGGGCGUGUUAUUUAUCAUAUCAGGUGUAUUAAAGUGUGUGAAGUGGACAAAUGCAUAGUCAGAAAAUGCAUUUUGUUUUACCUUUUCUUUGUAUUGUUUUCUUUCAAAUGUUUAUGCGAACGUGAUUUGAUAGUUUCGUAUUUCCUAUCGUGUUAAAGAUUAUUAUUUCCUUCUGAUGAUUAAAAUUCCGGUCUUUGAAAAUAUUUAAAAUGCCGGGUUGCACAGUACCCCGUUGUUCAAAUAGUACUCAGAAAGGAUUUAAACUUUUCCACUUCCCAUCUGAUAGUGAGAGAUGUGCUCUGUGGGUCAAGAAUUGUGGCCGAGAAGAAGGUUGGGAACCCACUCGACAUACAUGCAUUUGUGAGGUUCAUUUUGAAGAAUCGCAAUUUGAGUUACAUCGUGCAGAUGGCUUACGAAAACUUAAACCGUAUGCUGUUCCUACUUUAUUCAGUGAUGCAACUCCAACCUUUUAUAGUACAAGAAAAAAAAGCAAUAUUGAAAAUGAUAAUACUAACCUGAAACCAGGAUUACAAAAAGACACUAAGCAAAGGAAGAAUGAUAAAAAUAAUAUUACCAUGUCUAUGGAUGUCUCACCAAGAAUUUCAAAAGUAAGAGAGGCUUCUCAAUCUAGAAGUGAAGCAAAUGCUUGUUUCAUUUGCAACAGUAGAAAUCAAAAUAUUGUUCCAGAUAAUGCAUACACAGAAACUUCUAAGAUUCAAUUGAGACAGAAAUUGGUUCAGCUUGUGGCUGUGGAAUUUGAUUUGUUGGUUGAAGAUAUUGGGGCAGUCUGUAUAAAUUGUGCUCAAAUUCUCAAUUGUAUUGAUUAUAUUGAAAACAUUCAUAAUACAUUGAGUAAAGGCAUUUUAAAUCACAUGAAACAAAAAUUUUGUAUGGAACCAACAGAACAUGUAAAUUUAGAACUUUGUAUGAAGUCUCUGAAAAAUUUAUCUGUUUUUUAUCCUUGGAAAGAUGUGUUUCGUGGCACCGUCUGUGUCCUUGAUGUCAGCAUUUGUCCCAGCGACCAGGAGGCGUUGGGCGACCGCCAAGUGCCUCUGGGCGACGGCGCCGUGCAGCGGCCUGCACAGUCAGUGACCCACAGCGUCCAAUCACGCAGCCACAUCCUAAAGGACUGUUCCAGGCCUUCAGGUGCCCUCCAAUCGCCGCCGCAUGUAGAGCGGUGUAUCCACCUGCUGAGGGCUGAUGAAUCUCAUCUCAUUCAGAAGCGAAAAGAAAAUGUGUUGGUAUCCUCUGAGGCACAACACAAUUAUGAAUCAGAUAAAUCUUCAGAGGUUACUGAUCAGCACAGUGAAAUUGAGAAUGAAGUUCACAAUGUAGAAAAUCAAGAAAUCAUCUUACAUGAAAAUAGAGUAGAGAACACAACAACUGCUAACAACUUUGAAUGUGAAAUAUGCUCUUAUGAAACAAAAUAUAAAGCUUUUAUGAUUUUUCAUUUACGUCAACAUUUUCAAAGACAUUAUACUUGUGAUUUUUGUAGUACUCCUGUUGCGUAUGAUCCUAGUCCAGCAAAAGAAUUCCAGACAUCUGAUGCAAGUUGUAAAAUAAGAAAAGAUUCUGAGAGUAAAAGUAGCAAGUCAAUUAAAGUUUCUUCUCCACGAAUUUCCAAGCCUCAGACAGAUUACCAACAACAAAACAGAGAUUGUUUAGAAAAAAGAAAUAUGUGGAUAACUAGGAAGCGUAAGAGUGCGAAUGCUCAAGAAAGUGACAAAUGUGUUAAGCGGACUAAUAUUUCCCAUAAAUUUGAAGAUGAUUCUCCACAUGUCAUUUUAAACUCCAAGGAAAAACAAAAAAGUCUGUUGUGAUAUUGCCAGAACAAGUGCUUAGGUGUGGUGGAAUUAUUUCACUGGAGAAAUUGAUUUAUUAGAAUUUAUGUAUUUAAGUUAUGUUUACGACUUUAGAAGGUAAGCAAUUCUGACUGAAACUCUCUUUGUUAUGUCUUGCCAUCAAAUGGAUAUCUUCCAAUUCUAGUGACCUUGUGAGUUAUUCAUUAGAAAUUUAAUAUCUAUUCUUCACUCCUUUCAUUUAUCUGCUUCAUUUAUUUUCUGAAUUGAAAGAAUUAGGGAUCCCUUUAUUUUCGGUUAAAUUGUGUAAUUGUUUCUUUCAUUUCAAUUUUAUGAAGUGUGGGAAUGCUGAUGAGGUGCUGUUGAUGUAAUUGAAUGAUGAAAUAAUUGAAGUCAUAAUCAACUUAAUGGAUUAAUAUUAAGUUCAUCAACUUAAUAAAUUAAAUUGGCAAAAUUUACAUCCAUUAUUUCAUCAUUCAUCAAUUUUGUGAAGUAUGAAAAAGUAUUAAAUGUUGCUGUUGAUAGUCAGUGGUCUUUUAUAUUUAUCAAAAUUCUGUAUUGAAGCCAGCUUUUAUGUACAAAUUUCCAUCUUACUUAGGUUAUGAAAACAUUGCAGAAAUGUACUAAAAUCAACCAAUGAAUGAAAUGAGCUUUUCAUUAAAACUUUUUGUAAUAGUAUUAAGUACCUAUUUUAAUAAAUUUGAUACAAAUAAGGUGU